AUGUACGAAAUGGAAGAAGCUGGUCCUUCUCCUACUGAUAUAUCUGCAAAAAAGGAAUAUAUUUGGCAACAAAAAACACGGUCUUUGGACGCAUUCAAUACUAUUCUCACAGCUUUGCGAGAAUGCUGCAUGAAAUUACAUCUUGGAAAUAAAUGUGAUGGCCAAUUAAAUAUCCCAGUCACUCACCCUAACUCUGAAAAGCAUGCUUUGGCUGGUAAACAUGGUGGGGACAAUAUUAAGGCAAUUGUAUCCUUGUUGGGAGAUAAUGUGAUACAAGCUGAAGUUGUCAUAAAGCAUCCAAAAGGUCCCGGUGGUACUUAUCGUGGUGUCGCUCAACCUGAUGUUCAAUGGAAGUUACAACAACUUCAGGAUCUCGCUAAUCAUAUUGUUCGAGCAACUUCUGUUCUCUGCGAUGUUAUGAAAAGAUUGAAUCAAUUGAAUGAUGAGGCUUUCGGCAUCGAUUCCGGAGAAUUGAUUUUGAACGCAGCCAGAAUGAUAAAGACAGAAAUUAGCUCGGCAAGAUGUUCCAUUUUGCUACCAAGAAAGAGAUCACUACUGGAGCUUUGCUAUUUCCCACCUACAAGAAAAUUCGCUCCACCAUUGCCACAAGACCAAUUGUUAUCUUUCUACAUUUCCAGUUGCCGUUUGGUAUGUGCGUCCUAUCAAAUUGUACCUAAACAAAAUGCGAAUCAAGGCCUUUCCAUUUCUCUAGCAGAAUGCGAAUUGCCUUAUUUGGACGAUGUUAUCAAACAAUUGAACAUUGCUAUGUCUAUCAUUCAGAGAUUGAUUGGUGAUUUGGAGAUGUGCAAAAGAAGAGCCAUCUGA